AUGAUCCUGCUUGUUAUCCUAUUCGGCAUGUACCUGCUGGAACAAUCCGCAGAAGGCCGUGCCGUUGAACGAAAUCGUCUGUACAAGUGGAAUGGUGACCCCGAGCUGCUAUGGUAUCAGCGACAGGUUGUGGAUAAUCACAGAGGCGCGGAUUAUUUCGAACCAUGGUUUGUGACAAAACGUGAUGCCUAUGCCGACAUGCCUUGGGGAAGAAGACGUUGA